CCCUGAGCAAGUCACUUAAGCUCCUUGUGAUCCGUCUUUCAGGAUUCAAGUUUCACUUAGAUGGGUUUCCAGUCCCAAUUCAAGAUAUUACAGUCUGUCCAUUUGUAGGUACUGUGCAGGUGACUACAAGUCUGGGCUCCUGAAUCCUGCUCUGCCAGUACUGAAACCUGUCCUGCAAACCCACCCAGACAACUAAUCUGAGAAGGAUGUCUUCCAAGCGACCAGCCUCUCCAUAUGGGGGAACAGAUGGAGAGGUAGUCAUGGCGACAAGCAGACAGAAAUUGGAAGAUAAGGAAAAUGAUGGGCUCCCUGUCAUUCACCUACCCCUUAACUCCAGUUAUUCCAUCAAGCUUCAGUCGGAGGAGUUUCAGUCUGUAAACUCUUUGACCAGGGAAAAUUUUGGCCUUGACAGUCCCACUUCUCUCCACAACUCAAUGGAGCAAGAUAGCAUAAAGGGUCAGUCUCUGAGUCCAUAUGCACAGCAAAACUCAUCUACCUCACCGACUAAGACAGAAGACAGCGCUCGUCAGGGCAGCGACUCAGGCUCAAGCGUGGCUCUGGGGACCCCAGAGAGACGCAAGGGCAGCUUGGCCGAUGUGGUGGACACACUGAAACAGAGGAAAAUGGAGGAGCUUAUCAAAAACGAGCCUGAGGAAACCCCCAGCAUUGAGAAGCUUCUAUCAAAAGACUGGAAGGACAAGCUUCUUGCCAUGGGAUCAGGGAACUUUGGAGAAAUUAAAGGGACUCCAGAAAGCCUAGCUGAGAAGGAGAGGCAGCUCAUGGGCAUGAUCAACCAGCUGACCAGUCUGAGGGAGCAGCUGCUGGUGGCCCAUGAUGAACAGAAGAAGCUUGCAGCAUCUCAAAUCGAGAAACAGCGGCAGCAAAUGGAGCUGGCCAAACAGCAGCAGGAUCAAAUUGCAAGACAACAGCAACAGCUCCUGCAGCAACAACACAAAAUCAACCUCCUUCAACAACAGAUCCAGCAGGUUCAGGGUCAGUUGCCCCCGUUGAUGAUCCCAGUUUUUCCUCCAGACCAGAGGGCGUUAGCAGCAGCGGCAGCCCAGCAAGGAUUCCUACUGCCCCCAGGCUUCAACUACAAACCUGGAUGCAGUGACCCUUACCCUCUUCAGCUGAUUCCUACUACCAUGGCAGCUGCUGCCGCGGCAACCCCAGGCCUCGGCCAGCUCCAGCUGCAGCAGCUGUAUGCAGCCCAACUUGCAGCCAUGCAGGUAUCUCCAGGGGCCAAACUACCUGGCAUGCCUCAUACCAACCUGGGAAACAUCCACUCGCCAACCAACAUCCAGACAGAGAAGUGCAGGAGCACCCCUCCAUUGAAAAGCAAGGAGGAAGGUGCACAGCCACUGAAUCUGUCGUCCAAGCCCAAGACAAGAGAGAGCAAAUCACCGACAUCCCCUGCAUCCCCACAGGUCCCCAGUAUGAAAAUGAACACAGGAUCCAUGAAACACAGUUUCCAAGCCUCACUCGCCAGCCCUCACUCCAGAAUGAACUCGAUAGAUCUUCUUUCCUCUAUCAGCUCUGGUGGUUACUUGAAUGACCAUGACGCAGUCAACAAGGCUUUUCAGGAAGCCAGGCAAAUGAAAGAGCAGCUCAGGAGAGAGCAACAGGUGCUGGAUGCAAAGGUGGCUGUAGUCAACAGUCUGGGGCUAAACAAUGGCAGAACAGAAAAGGAGAAAGCCGCUUUGGAAAGUCUGACACAGCAGCUUGCAGCAAAACAGUCUGAAGACGGGAAGUUCAACCAUGCUAUGAUGGAGUUCAAUAUGAGCGGAGACUCGGAUGGAAGCCCUAGUGUGUCCGAUUCAAGGAUGUUCCGAGAAGCCAGAGGCAGGGGAAGCAGUGAGCCUCAUAUCAAACGGCCCAUGAAUGCUUUCAUGGUUUGGGCAAAAGAUGAGAGGAGAAAAAUUCUACAGGCCUUCCCUGACAUGCACAACUCUAAUAUCAGCAAAAUUCUGGGGUCUCGCUGGAAGUCCAUGACAAACUUAGAAAAGCAGCCUUACUAUGAGGAACAGGCCAGGCUUAGCAAACAACAUCUGGAGAAGUACCCCGACUACAAGUACAAACCCAGGCCCAAGCGCACCUGCCUGGUGGAUGGCAAGAAGCUAAGGAUCGGGGAAUACAAAACCAUCAUGCGCAAUCGGCGCCAGGAGAUGAGGCAGUACUUUACCGUUGGACAACAAGGUCCGAUCCCCAUCAGCUCAUCAGGAGUUGUGUACCCCGGAGCGAUUGCAAUGGCAGGGAUGCCCUCCCCGCAGAUCCCUUCAGAGCACUCCAGCAUGUCGAGCAGCCCGGAGCCCAGCAUUCCCGUCAUCCAGAGCACUUACCUGCACAGCAUGAAGACAGAGGAGACCCAGGUCAAGGAGGAGAUGCACAUGGAUGACAGCAACGGAAAUAUGUAUGAUGACUUUGAGUACGAGGACGAAGACGCAGAUUACGGCAGCGACAGUGAAAACCACAUCGCUGCACAAGCUGACUGAUGAGGGGGGUUCGCGGUCCAGAACCUUUUCAGCUGCACCGCUACCAACACAACCUCCACCUCUCCUCCCCUUCUUCACUCAUCCACCCCGACACGGAAAGGACAACAGUCCCCCUCACUUUUCUGGUGACCAGCGGCCAAGCACAUUAACUUUGUCAUACACUGACUGUUACAUAAACAAGAAAAUGUCUUAAACUAGUCAGGACUUCUGCUGAAUUCAAUGCCUGUCUGCAAAGCAGGCUAAAGGAAAAAAAGAAAAAGCCGUUUAUAAGCUAUGGGUCAAGAAAUAAAGAAGAAAAUUGGAUGCCAGUAAUUCAGUUGCUAUACGCAAGCACUGAAGUCUUACUCUUUGUCCUGUCUAUUGAAAAACUUUUAAAACCGCUGUUUGUUCUGCGACGUUCUAUAAUAUCCUCACUCAGGUACACAGUGCCAACAAAUGGCUUGUGAAUGUGUUUUGAUCUUUUUGUGCAGUUUUUUUUUUUUUGUAAAAUACACCUGACAGAAAGAUUUUAAAGCGUCUCUUGAGGGAUUUAUUUUCUUUAUCUCCAAUGAACUGUCGUCGCAUCCUUUAUUUCUCAGAACUUUUCGCCAUUCAUUGCACACUGACAACGCAUCUUAUAGGAAGUGCCAAAUUUGUACUAAGUGUUAAAGAUAGGUGACCUUUUUAAUCCUCUAUGUUUUAAGUUAGGACAGUGUUGUGUUUUAGACAAUCCCAUUUGAUCCUGGAGUACCAGCAACUUGUGAAUUUUGUUGUUUUGUUCUUGUUGUUGUAUUGUCUUUAAAGAAACUGUAGGUGCAGUUCUCAGGUGAAGAGAGAGACUUCUGAAACAAGAGAAAUACAUUUUCUUUUUAAAAUUACGUCGAUUUCUCUGGGUGUUAUGGUACUAAUAAUGUGUUGGACCAUUAUUAGCAAGUCGGCGCUGGGGAUGAAACUUCACCUGUUCCAAUGCUCAUUCGUGCAGAUCAUCUGAAGUGUUUGAUUUUGCGUUGAAAUUUGACUCUGUAACAGUUGCACUUCUUGUGGAAGGACUUAAGCCGUGGUACUCACAAUAUGAUGAAGCUGUGCCCCCGCUCUGCUGAAGAGGUUAUGGAUUCUUCCUUUUAAAGCCUAAGGAGCUACAACAUGAAAUGGAGUUCAUAUCAAAUUAUUCAUAUCAUUAAUCAUAGCUACUAAAUACAAAAGUAUUUGAUGCUGCAAACCUGUCAAAUAUGGCUGUCCCUUAAGGGUGCACUAUGUUAAACAUUUGUCUUUGGUUAAGACAGGGGUGUGUACCAGUGAGCUAUAUGAGUAUGACUGACAUCAUGUACCCCACCCCACUCCCCAAACACACACACACAAUAUUUAUUGAAACUAUGUAGGUAAUUGCAUUAUGAAAAGGCUGUAUAUAAAAAUAAAAAAAAAUGUCCCUCCUGUUUUAAUCAUUACAGAGCAUGCCAAACCAAGCAGACUCCAAAAGAAACAAAAUAAAAACUUUCCCUGAAAUUAGUGCCCAGGUUAAUAGAGCAAACGUGUGGCAUGUAAGAAUGGUGCCAGCUGUGCAUUGCUGUAUAUAGGGGUCUACCCAAAAGCUAGUUAGAUAAUGGCUGUCCAGCACAGGUUUUGUGUCUGAGGGUAAUAAUAUGCUAUCUUUUCCUUUAAGUGUUUAUUUUAUACUUUAGAGGAACAAUGUAGAUUUUAAAAAGCUUAUAAAUAUGUAAGCUAUAUGUGUCUGCAAUAUGUCUCUGGUUUAAAAGAGGAGUCCCAACAGCCUAAUUAAUUUUGGUAGCCAAAUAUUAAAGGCAAUCUGUAUGGAGAAAGACAAAUCAUAUACUCCAUAUUGGCACUUAAUGUCUUCAUAAGUAUGAAGCACCAUUGUCCUGGUAGAUAAAAUAAAGAAGUUAAAUAAAAAGUAAAGUCAGUCUAGGUCAUGUCCUCAUAGAUUAGCAACUGGGCAUACAAUGAAUGACAAAACUUCAAUUGCAGAAGGUUUGGAGUAAGCAUACAUUUUGGUUUUCAUUCCCAUUAGUUUUUUGAUGAAUUUUUUUUUUUUUGGUGAACUCACUCUGCUGUGAAAGUUUGGAGUAGCUGAUCAUAUUCUGCAUGUCAGUGUUUUGUUUGUAUUUGAAGACUAUUUUUUCGAACGAACUGCCUCUAGUGUAAUAAUAUUAUUAAUAAUAAUAAUUAUAAUAAUAUUCAGCUGUUCUUAAGUUAGUAAGUUAUGUAUAAUUUAUUUCUCCAUCUUUUUGGGGGGUUUUAUUAUCUUGUGAAUCCGCUCAGCAAUGCAGCAUUACU